AUGUGGCGCAGGACUGUGGCUGGUGUGGAGGACCACUCACUCGACCAGGGUACAAUUGUCAUCGAACUCUACAACGACGAUGCGCCAAAGACAUGCAAGAACUUCUCGACCCUCGCCCAGCGGCACUACUUCGACGGCCUCAUCUUCCACCGCAUCAUACCCAACUUCAUGAUCCAAGGUGGCGACCCCACCGGCACUGGCAGGGGCGGCGCGUCCAUCUACGGCGAGAAGUUCGAGGAUGAGAUAUCUCCCGCUCUGAAGCACACGGGCGCUGGCAUUCUCAGCAUGGCGAACUCGGGCCCCAACACAAACGGAUCCCAGUUCUUUAUAACGCUCGCCCCGACGCCAUGGCUGGACGGCAAGCACACCAUUUUUGGCCGGGUCAAGAGCGGAAUGCAGGUGGUCAAGAAGCUGGGCUUGGUCAAGACAGACAAGGAGGACCGACCAGUAGAGGAGGUCAAGAUCAACCGGGCCUAUCUUCCCGAGAAGGCGAACCUGCUCGAGAACUGAUCGCCCUUGCACGUCUAUGCUGGAAGCUGGAACGGCGCAAAACAAGGGCACGAUUUCAUUCUAGUUUAAUGCCCCGUUCGGGUGAAUAAGCACCU